AGAAUUUUCAACACCCAAUUAGGGCUACCUCUUUUUUUUUCCUGUACUAUUCUUUUCCUACUUUCCUCCCUGUAAUAUUCUCUCUCUCUCUCCUCUCAAACCCUAGUUCUCUUCUCUGUCCUCGUAAACCCCGACACUCCCACCUAACAAAAUACAAAAGCAUCAGCGGACUUCCCAAUCACAAACACCUCAAACCCUUCAAUUCUGAAUCUGUGAUCAUCAACUCUGACCUCGACAUCCAUGGCUUUCGCGGUUGAUUCUGCUACUAUGAGUUGCAAGGUUGUUGCUAAGAACCCUAGUUUGCCUUUAAAGAAAGGGCUAUUUGGUGUUUCAGUUUGUCCUCCUAAAAGGGUUUGUUUCAAUUUGGGGAAAUUGAAGGUAAAUAAGGCUCGGAUUGGAGUCCGGUCCGCUGUGGAAGUGGGCGUGGACGGUUUGGAGAGUUCAGGUGUUUUGAAGAGCGUUAAUGGGUCAUUGGGGUUUGAUGUGGUAUCAGUGGGAGAGUUGAGAGAGAAGGGGUUUUUAGGUUUGAGGAAGACGAAGCUCGUUUGCACGAUUGGACCGGCUUGUUGUUCGUUGGAGGACUUGGAGAAGAUGGCAAUGGGAGGAAUGAAUGUGGCCAGGCUUAAUAUGUGUCACAACACGAGGGAGUGGCACCGGGAUGUGAUUAGGAAGAUCAAGAGGUUGAAUGAGGAAAAGGGGUUUUGUGUUUCUGUGAUGAUCGACACCGAAGGCAGUCAGAUACAUGUGGUUGAUCAUGGGGCUCCUUCCUCUGUCAAAGCAGAGGAUGGCUCAAUCUGGUUUUUCACAACUGAAAAGUUCGAGGGAUCUCGUCCAUUCACAGUUCAAGCAAACUAUGAAGGUUUCUCCGAAGGUGUCAAAUUGGGCGAUGAGCUUGUUAUUGACGGAGGAAUGGCAAGCUUUGAAGUCAUAGAAAAGAUUGGGAAUGAUUUGCGCUGUAAGUGCACAGACCCUGGUCUACUACUGCCUCGCGCCAAAUUGAGCUUCUGGAGAGAUGGGAAGCUUGUUGGAAGAAGUUUUGAGCUCCCAACUCUAUCAACAAAAGAUUGGUCCGACAUCAAGUUUGGAAUUUCUGAAGGUGUUGAUUUGAUUGCCAUGUCAUUUGUAAACGAUGCUGGUGCGGUCAAGCAUUUGAAGGAUUACCUCUCCACUAAAGCAUUGAAAUCCAUAAAAGUUUUGGCAAAGAUUGAGAGCUUGGAGUCUUUCCAGAAACUGGAAGAAAUUGUAGAGGCUUCUGAUGGAAUAAUGGUGGCACGAGGUGAUCUUGGAGUUGAAAUCCCAAUUGAGCAGAUACCAACAGUGCAAGAGAAAAUUAUCCAUGUUUGCAGGCAGCUCAAUAAGCCGGUGAUUGUAGCUUCUCAACUUCUGGAGUCAAUGGUUGAAUACCCUAUACCAACACGUGCUGAGGUUGCAGAUGUUUCUGAAGCAGUUCGACAGAAUGCGGAUGCCUUGAUGUUAUCUGGUGAAUCAGCCAUUGGAUCAUAUGGACAGAAGGCUCUUUCUGUUUUGCGAAUGGCCAGCUGUCGAAUGGAACUUUGGAGUCGUGAGGAGAAUCAAAAUGGUGUUUACAAGCAGCGUCAACCUGGAGUAUCUCUGCCAGACCGAAUUGCUGAGCAGAUCUGUAAUUGUGCAGUGGAAAUGGCAAACAACCUUGGUGUGGAUGCAAUCUUUGUGUACACAAAUUAUGGACAAAUGGCAUCUUUACUCUCGCGCAACCGUCCAAACCCUCCAGUAUUUGCCUUCACAAAUGACAACACUACCCGAAUGGCUCUAAAUUUGCAGUGGGGAGUCACCCCCCUCCUUAUUAAUUUAUUAGAUGAUAUGGAAGCUAACAUCUCGAAGACCAUUGAUCUUAUGAAAACCAAGGAGAUGGUGAAAGACGGAGAUGUUGUUUUGGUGGUCUCAGAUGUCAUUUCAAGUUGUGCAAACUCAAAUGUCUUCCAAUCAAUCCAGGUGAAAGCCAUUGCUUAGGAGCAUCAUUCUCUUCAACAUGGUAGAUAAAGAUCCAUUUGAGCUUUGAAAAAGUAAAGGAAAACAUUGUUUCAUUCCGUAUAGUGACAGUGUAAUUCUGCCUUUUUCUUAUCUCCUUCUAGUGUAGCAGAUACAUUUGAACUUGGUCUCAUUAUUAUUAUUAUUAUUUUCUCAAAUAACACGUUCAUAUUGUGCUAUAAAUUUGGACCUGAAGGCAUUAUACAUUUUAUAAAUGAGAUUUAGAUUUUAUUAA